AUCCAUAGUAUGCUUGGUGAUAUAGUCUAAUGGAGCGAGUUAAACUAACGAAUUGCGCAUGGCAGAUGCAACCGUUAAAUAUAAAUUCUUUUAACUUCUGUUGUCAACUAAACUGUCUUUUUGGUAAAUCUUGAAAACGGACUGGCUAAAGAAAUCUCCAGGAUGUUGAGGAACUUCAUAUUCGUUUGGCUGUUCUAUGUUGUCGCAGCAGUACACGUGGGACCUCAAAAUAACACAGACAGACCAUGUCCUAACGGUAAAGUGAAGUGUGCGGAUGGUUUACAAUGCAUUCAUUUUACUUCCGAAUGUGAUGGAUUCGAAGACUGUGAUGACGGAUCUGACGAAGGAAAAGCAUGUAAAGGAUUUAAUUGUACAAAGGGUUACAAAAAAUGUAUGGAUAAGAAGCAAUGUAUCAAAGCAACAUAUCGGUGUGAUACAUUCGUGGACUGCAUAGACUCCUCAGACGAAGGAGAUUGCGAACUUCAAGAGAGAAGACUCAGAAGACCAUACUACAGGCGAGAACAUAAAUUGUUUUCAAAACACAACUCAUUGCCAAUCACCAAAACCAAACCUGUCUUCAGAAAAUCAGUCAAGAGUGAGAAGUUUUCAAACAACGAUUUACUUGACAAGCUAGCAGAACUUAUAGCGAGGACAAAUUGAAAAGAAAGUUUCUUAUCUGCAUUUCUAACCUUAUAAUAUUCAUUAAAAUUUGUCUAUCCUUUUACCUUACAAAAACCAACUCAUUCUCUUACUAACUUUUAUAAUAUCAUAUAACCAUUAAUUACACUAUUACAAACUGUACUUUAACAUGUUGAUAUGGCAUGUUUAUUUCCUGCAAGUGAUGAGCUUCAGCAUAAUCAUAUAAAUGUAACCACAGUGUUAUUGUUCCAGACAUUUCCUUUUUUUGAAAGUCUACAUUUUGAUAUAAAAUAUAAUUUUCUUAUAAGCUAUGCGCUUCAACAUUAUUUACUUACAUUUUGGAUCAUUUUAUUCAUUUUUUAAUAUACUUCCCUGGAUUAACAGUGUGUAUGUGCUUUGAAUAUAUAUAACAAAUAAAAAUCAUCUGAAUAUA